AUGCCUCUGCCGUGUGAGGAAACCUCGCGGCUCCUCAGCCUCGUCCUGCUGGCAGCGGCAGGCUGGGCCUGCCCGCGGAGGAGGGCUGUGGUGCUCCCCAGCCUUGCGGGCGAGGGUGGACCUUCCCCAGCAGUUUCCCAGGGGACUGUCACACAGGAAGCCCCACUGGCCGGAGGGGUCCGGGCUGUGGAGCCGGGGAGAGCUGCCAGGCAGAGAUGGGCCCUGUGCCUGCAGAGCUGCGCCAGCCUGGUGGGCUUAGAUGAUGGCGUGCGAGUUGAGCUCGUCUCGCCCGCUCCCCUGGCUGUGGCUGCUCAAAGCAGCCGGGUUCUUUUCCAGCUGCUUGCGGGCAGAGGGCCUCCGCCUCACUCGGAGAUUGAGUUUCCCGGAGACAAAGGCUCAGCCUUGGCCCUGCCACCGGCGUUCGAUCAGCUGCCGGCUCUGCUGCAGCGCCGGCGACUUCACGGGCACCAUUAUGUCUACUUCGAAAAUUCUUCAAGCAACCCGUAUUUGAUACGAAGAAUAGAAGAGCUCAAUAAGACUGCCAAUGGAAAUGUGGAAGCAAAGGUGGUAUGUUUCUACAGAAGAAGAGACAUAUCAAGUACACUUAUUGUGUUGGCAGACAAACACGCAAGAGAAAUGGAGGAAGAGAUGGAAAAUCCAGAAAUGGUUGAUUUACCAGAGAAACAGAAGCAUCAGCUAAGACAUCGUGAGUUGUUUCUGUCACGACAGCUGGAAUCUCUGCCAGCCACACACAUUAGAGGCAAAUGCAGCGUUACUCUGUUAAAUGAGACAGAAUCCCUUAAAUCAUAUCUGGAACGGGAGGAUUUCUUCUUCUAUUCACUAGUAUAUGAUCCUCAGCAAAAGACUCUACUCGCUGAUAAAGGAGAGAUUCGAGUUGGAAACAGAUACCAGGCAGAUAUAACAGACUUACUAAAAGAGGGUGAGGAUGAUGGAAGAGAUCAGUCAAAACUUGAAACAAAAGUUUGGGAAGCCUUUAACCCGCUAGUAGACAAGCAGAUAGACCAGUUCCUGGUGGUAGCACGGUCUGUUGGUACGUUUGCCCGAGCGCUAGAUUGCAGUAGUUCUGUCAGACAGCCAAGUUUGCACAUGAGUGCUGCAGCAGCCUCCAGGGACAUCACGCUGUUCCAUGCUAUGGACACUUUGCACAAAAAUGUCUAUGACAUUUCCAAGGCAAUCUCUGCACUUGUGCCACAAGGUGGGCCAGUCCUGUGCAGAGAUGAGAUGGAGGAGUGGUCUGCUUCAGAGGCAAACCUCUUUGAGGAAGCACUAGAAAAAUACGGAAAAGAUUUCACUGACAUUCAGCAAGAUUUUCUCCCGUGGAAGUCCUUAACAAGCAUAAUAGAAUAUUACUAUAUGUGGAAAACUACAGACAGAUACGUUCAGAAAAAACAGCAGAAACGAUUGAAAGCAGCAGAAGCAGAAAGCAAGCUAAAACAAGUGUAUAUACCCAACUAUAACAAGCCAAAUCCCAACCAGAUCAAUGUAAAUAAUGUCAAACCAGGAGUGGUAAAUGGUACUGGAGUACAGGCACAGAACACGGGAGCAGGACGGGCCUGUGAAAGCUGUUACACCACACAGUCUUACCAGUGGUAUUCUUGGGGUCCCCCUAACAUGCAGUGUCGCCUCUGUGCAUCCUGUUGGACGUACUGGAAGAAAUACGGUGGCUUGAAAAUGCCAACACGGUUAGAUGGGGAAAGACCAGGACCAAACCGCAAUAAUUUGAGUCCUCAUGGUGUGCCAGUACGAAACAGUGGGAGUCCCAAGUUUGCUAUGAAGACACGACAGGCUUUCUAUCUCCAUACAACAAAACUGACAAGAAUUGCCAGACGUUUAUGUCGAGAUAUCUUGCGCCCUUGGCAUGCUGCAAGACAUCCCUAUCUGCCUAUUAACAGUGCAGCCAUCAAAGCAGAAUGCACAGCACGUUUACCUGAGGCAUCAGAAAACCCAUUGCUAUUAAAGCAAGUGGUUCGAAAGCCUUUAGAAGCAGUACUCCGGUAUUUAGAGUCUCAUCCAUGUCCUCCGAAACCAGAUCCUGCAAAGAGCUUGUCCAGUUCUCUCAACAGUCUGACUCCUGCUAAGUUUACGCCGGUCAUUAAUAAUGGGUCCCCAACGAUCCUGGGAAAAAGAAGUUAUGAACAACACAAUGGAAUGGAUGGCAACAUGAAGAAGCGCCUGUUGAUGCCUAGCAGGGGUCUGCCUAACCACGGACAAACCAGACAAAUGGGACCAAGCCGAAACUUGCUGCUCAAUGGGAAAUCAUACCCAACAAAAGUCCGAUUAAUUCGUGGUGGAUCCAUGCCUCCAGUGAAAAGGAGGAGGAUGAACUGGAUUGAUGCACCAGACGAUGUUUUUUACAUGGCCACUGAAGAAACCAGGAAAAUCCGCAAGCUGCUUUCCUCCUCCGAAGCCAAGCGAGCCGCCAGACGCCCUUACAAGCCUAUUAUCCUCCGGCCCAUCCAGGCAGUGCAGCUACGCCAGCCCAUGAAUGACGAACCCAUAAUCAUUGAGGAUUAA